GAUCGGAUAGUGUUAAUGGGGGAUUGUGUGGUGGUUAAGAAUGAUUCGGGAACGGGCGCUGCGGCUAUGGCGAGACCAUUUGUGGAUGCACACUCGACUCUCAAUAUGGAAGCAAUGGCAUGCAGAGAUAGUCUUUGUCUUGAGAGAACAAAAGAAAAGAGGAUGAGCUGCGGAGAAAGCAAGGUUGUGUGUGUGACAGGAGCAUCUGGAUUCAUAGCAUCAUGGCUGGUGAAGCUUUUAUUGCAAAGAGGUUUUACUGUCAAAGCCACUGUUCGUGACCCAAAUGAUCAAAAGAAAACAGAUCACCUACUCUCACUUGAUGGAGCAAAGGAAAGGCUUCAUUUGUUCAAAGCAGACUUGUUAGAAGAAGGUUCUUUUGAUUCUGUAAUUGAUGGAUGCGAAUGUGUUUUCCAUGUGGCAUCCCCUGUAAUACUUUCAGACCUCACUGACCCCCAGGCAGAAUUACUUGACCCUGCGUUGAAGGGAACACUUAAUGUCCUUGGAUCCUGUGUGAAGGUUCCGUCUACCAAAAGGGUGGUUAUAACAUCCUCCAUGGCAGCAGUUGCAUUUACUGGAAAACCUCUUGCUGCUGAUGUAAUAAUCGACGAAUCUUGGUUUUCAGAUCCUGCUUUUUGUGAAGAAACAAAGCUUUGGUAUAUGCUUUCAAAGACAUUAGCUGAGGAAGCUGCUUGGAAGUUUGCAAAAGAGAAAGGAAUUGAUAUUAUUACAAUAAAUCCCGGAUUGGCGAUCGGCCCUCUCUUACAGCCAACUCUCAACACAAGUGUGCAGCCAAUUCUGAAACUCGUAGAUGGGACUGAAGAAUUUACUAACACAACUUACAUGCUCAUUGAUGUUAGAGAUGUUGCCAAUGCACAUAUUCUAGCCUUUGAGAACCCAUCAGCUAGUGGACGUUAUUGUUUGGUUGAAAGCGUAAAACACUGUUCAGAGGUUGUGAAAAUGUUGAGCGAUAUCUCCCCUGCUCUUAAUCUUCCAGAUAAAUGUGCAGAUGACAAACCUUUCACACCAACUUACCAAGUUUCCAAUGAAAGAGCCCAAACUUUGGGUGUAAAGUAUACUCCGCUUGAAUUGUCUCUGAAGGAUACUGUUGAAAGUUUGAAGGACAAGAACUUCUUCUAAUUAUGGAACUUAUUCGGAAGUCAAGAAAAUAUAGUUAAAGACUAAUAGUAUGUGUACACCUUUGAGAUUUUGUUGUUUAUGAGAUCAUUACCUUGUGUAACCUGCAGCUUGAGUGAUGAUUUUCAAAUAAACGUACCAUACUGGUGCUUUCUAUCAUUUGAAAAAACUUCAACUAUGAUUAAUAGAUAAAAUAGCCUUUGUUCUAGAGAAAGUA